AUGAGCUCCUACGAGCUGGAGCUUGUACUUGUCUUUCAGCGAUACGGCCAGUGCCUGAGUGCCUAUACGUGCGGCGCAAGCCGUCUUGGCCGGCCGACCUUUGUGAACCUCGGCCCGCCGGUUCCGGGCAUUGAGAUCCGCAUUGCCAACGAGGAGGGCGACACCCUCGCGGAGCAAGAGAUUGGCCGCUUUCAGAUCCGAGGUCCCGUGAUCACACCUGGGUACUUGAACAACGACGAGGCCAACAAAGAGGCCUUCGUGGGAGAUGAUUGGUUCAACACCGGUGACAUUGGAUUCAUCAAAGAUGGGCAGCUUUAUCUCACUGGCCGAGAGAAAGAGAUGAUCAUCGUCCGUGGGGCCAACUUUUAUUGCUACGAGGUAGAAGAUGUUGUGAAUGCCAUGGAAAGCGUGCUGCCCACUUUCACGGCCGCGGUCUCCACCCAUGAUCCAACAUCUGGAACCGAAGGACGCAUAUCAAACGCGGGAUGCAUCACUGCACGUGUAGCACGAACGGGAGAUCAGUGGGCAAGCACUGCUCUCUAG